UCACACUCCAUCUGUAACUUCUUUACACGGGUAGGGUGGAUUGACCCGCUAACCCGACCAGAUGAAGUAUGGGUAUAGGGUUUAAGCAUAGACGCUGCUUUCUUUUUCUGUUAUUCACCAAACAGAGCCGUUACUGGCGAAAGACCUAAACCCCGUCCUCUGUCCCUCUAUUACCUCGCCUUGAUCGAAAAAUGGACAAGAAAAUAAUUUCAGACUUGGAUAAUUUUCCUGAAGAAGAUAAGCAAAGAAUGUCCACCAUUGUAGACCAGCUCCAAUUCCGAGACAGGAGUUUUAUUCUGCCUUGUUGCAUACGGUGGAUUUUGUUGUUGAUUUAUUCUGUGCUCCAACAAAAUUGCAGUCUAAGGAUGUAUAAUUCAGUAGUAGAGAGAUGCUUCAAGGAAUGUGUGAAUGCAUUUUAUCGGAAAUCCCUGACCAAGCAAGAGGAAACUUGUGUUCUCAGAUGUGCUCAAAAGUUCUUGAGGCUUUCAACGCAAGUUGGUUUGAGAUUUUCAGAUCUCACCCAAGAAGCAUCUACAACAGAUAAAGUGCAUAUCAUUGCAGGUGCAGAAAGUAAACUUGAUUCUUGAGGGCAUGCAAUUUGAGUUAAUUCUCAGCAGAGAGCUGAUACUGUGAGUUGCUAAUUUGCAUUGACUUAUACGGAGUCAAUAUCGGCGUAUACUAUUAAUGAAAAAGAAUAUUGAAUGAAAAAGGUAAUAUUAGUUCUUUAAGACGCAAAAGAAACUGCGACGUGAGAGGAUAGGAUCAAAAUACAUCGCAUAUAUGGUACCUAUUAAUGGUGGAAAAUAAAUGGAUGCCUUCAUAUUGACAGACAUGAUUUCUGCAAUUGUAUUAGUUCUGUUACAUUAUGAAUUAGAAGUAUGUGCUACUCUUAUUUGUAGAUAAGGCAUGACCGAAUAUUGAAUUGUGUUCUCGUUUGGUAACUGAUGCAAAGUGUGCUAGAAGAUAAGGCAAGUGUUUUUCUAGCUAAUGCAUAAUUUUCAUGUUAAUGAGAAUAUUCAAUUGCUAGAUGUGUCGCGAUUGGAAAUGAUGUAUCAGAGAUAUGCAUGAGAAAUUUGCUUAACAUUUAGCAGCUAACUAUUCAAAUAGAAGAAAACCAGUUUUGAGCAAUUGCUUGGGAGGAUUAAUUCAUCUCUUAUAAAGUGUAGAAGUUGUGAAGGUUUAACUUAACCUUGUGUUGUGAGGGGAAAU